AUGUCUAUACAAUUGGAGAAUAACUUGAAAAAUACUGUAAACAAAGAAGUUUUUGAACAAAAAGCUCAUUACAUACCUUGUAAAAUAGACGAGAACGGCACCGCCAAUGUUCGUAAAUAUUUCGAACCGUAUAUCAAUAGUAACGAUAAUGGAGAGCUAACAGCAACAUUCCGAGGUCACCCUUUGGAUGGCAUAAAAAUGAAUGUACCAGAAGGAUACCGGGCCGUAGUUGUCACUGAAGCCAAGAGACCACUAGCUGAAGAUGCAGAACGAAGGUUCCAGGUAGCUGGGGGCUUCAAACAGUUCACAUACUGGAACUGGGACAAGAAACCUUCAAAAAAUGAUAACUUGGUUAAAGCUUUGGAUUGGAUUGACAUUGCUGAAGCGAUUCAUGGUGACCAAGUAUAACUUCUAAAUAGACAAAUUUUUCAAAGAUAGAAAUUAAGCAGAGACAUUUAUCUGAACUUCUGAAUAAUAAUACCUCUGUAUAAACUCCCAGAAUGAU